UGGGUGACGAGUGACACUUGGUCUCAAAAAAAAAAAAAAAAAAAAUCAAACUUUCUGAAUUUGUUCAUCCCUAAUGCCUAACAGUACUAGAAAUCCUCACAGAUAUGUUUGGCCAAAAAUACAUUUGAAAAUAAUGCCUUCUGAAGGAAAAUCCUGCUAUGAAGAGAACAUUUUGAAAACAGAUGUUUGGAAAUAUUUUCAUCAUUAUGUGAGCCCAAUGCUGAAAACUAUCUAGGUGCGUUAUCUAUAAAAACACUUAUCUCUACUUACUUUAAAUUUGGAAAAGGAAUUUUCUAGCCAUUAAAAAAAUCUGCUCAAAGAGGAGUUUUAGUGGGCUUUGAAUUUAUUUGUUAAAAAUAUAAAAUUGCCAUACAUUUUGGUUAAUUGACAUCAAGGAAUAUGGAAACUUACCCAUUAAAUUUAAACAAUAAUCUGAGUGUGACUGGUUAAUGAGACUGAAAAAGAGUAUCAUGAUUUAAUACACUCAUCUACUGAUUGGUUUCUUUCAUAUGUACUGUGGUACUGAAUUAUGGACCCCCAAAGGCAUGUUGUCGUAAUCCCUGGAACCUGUGAAUGUUACCUUAUAUGGAAAAAGGAUCUUUGCAGAUGUGAUUAGGUUAAAGAUUUGGAGAUGGAGGAUUAUCUUGGAUUAUUCUGGUGGGACCCAGAUACAAUCCCAGGGUCCUCAUGAUGGGUGAGGCAGAGGGAAGUUUGGUACAGACAGAAGAGGAAAGGCAUUUGUGACCAUGGAGGCAGAGGUUGGAGUGAGUCUACCACAAGCCAAGAGAUGUUGGCAACCGCUAGAUGCUGGAAGAAGAAGGAAUGGGUUCUCUCCUAGAACCUCUGGAGGGAGUGUGGCCCUGCUGUCGCCUUGGUUUUAGCCCCAUGAUACUAAUUUCAGACUCUGGCAUUCAGAACUGAAUCAGAGAAUAAAUUUUUCUGGUUUUUUAAAAUGCCACCAAGUUUGGGGUAAUUCAUUUCAGCAGCCAUGUGAAACAAAUACAUAUACCUAAGUGACUUUUUGAGCUAUGACUCAUUUAUUAAAGUCACGUUUUAAACUGAAAUUAGAAUUAAACCUUUGUGUGAUUUUUUAACCAAAUAUUAAACCAAUAUUUUAAAAAAUAAUGAAGCAUCAUUAUAUGACAUCCGUCUAAUGAAAAAAUUAUCAAUAUAUAUUAUCUAAAGCAGUAUAUAUAUUAUUUGGUGAGUGCAAAGAAUUUUAGCAUCAUUAAUAAAUAUCAUUGCCUAUAAAAUAUUUCCUUUCUCAUUCUUAAAAUGUAUAUGUUGUAUAUAUUUUAUGUAUACAUUGGUACAAUGGUGUAUAUAAUUUAUAAAUAACAUCAUGUUGGGGUACAUGAGCAAACAAGUUUGUAGAACUUUCUCUAAGAGAUUAUUGCCAAGAUGAGAGGUAAAUGUGAAAACUCCUGGAACAUGUCUUUGUUGGAUGGAUGGAUAGGUGGGUGGGUGGGUGAAUGGAUGUAUGGAUGGAUAAUGAAAAAAAACAGGAUCCUAGGUUAAGCAGUAGGCCCAGGGAAGCAUGACUAAUAGUAGGGCUUUGCUGUGGGCCCAGGUGUGUUCGAUUCCAAAGCAUGUGAUCAUUCCACUUUGCAGUCAUUAUAUGAAGAACUAUGCAAAUCAUCUGUUUCACAAUUUACUGAGGAGUACCAAGUGAGACUUAAUGGCAAACAUGUUGGACUAACUCAUCUCUUCAGCAUUGGGGUGGGCUGGGGAGCAGAAAGUGUGAUAGAGAACUCCUGCAUUGAGUGUGACUAUGCUGGCCUUAGAUGUCAGGUAGUGGGUGGCACUGGGAAGGGGAGUCCGAGGCCUUUGUGGUGGGCUGUGCUGUGGAACUGUGCUCAGCUUUCUUGUGGCAGGCAGCUUUAGGCUUUUGCCUGAAUGUGAGAGGCUAUGAGAAUCUGCCAACCAUACAACAAUAGAAUAUUUGUGAGCAACAACUCCUCUUCCCCAUAGGGAGUAUUGGAAGAGAAAUAAAAUUCAUACAGUAACUGGUUUUGGACAAUAAAGGUGUCCACACCUAUGAUUGCGGGGAACAGGGAGAUAUUCGGGUAAAUUAAAUUUCAACAACCCUCAGGCCUGAUUUUAGCCAAUAGCUUCACUCUCCUUUCUGAUCCAAGACACAAAAGCAGCUUUCACUCCAAGUGUUAACAAUAAACUACCUGGAUUUGGAAGCUCUCUCUUUUUGAUAGAUCUAAUAAUGCACUCAUCUUUUGAUAGAGCUAAUGAUGACAGGAAAAUAGCCAGUGGGUCGGUGGGUGCUGAAGGGUGGUAAUAAGAGUUUCUGAGCUGUGAUAAUCUUUAGCCAAACAGCACCCGUAAACAGGGUAGCAGACCCCACUAGCUGAAUCAUGAGCUGAGUCAGGUCAGUCUUUAAAACACAAGAACAAAGACCAGUUUCUGGAAAUCUUCUUGUGCAGUGGUGAUGAUGGAGUAGUGGGUUCUGUUUCAUUGCUCUGGCCACUCUAAUAGCCUCCUAGGAGGGGAAUUCCCUCAAUAACCUUUGUCUGUUUCUGAUCCAUUUUCUAUACUGUCAUGUCACUCCCAGGCUAGAACCUCCCAACAAUCUCCCUUAGAUUCUAAUCACUUCCCAUUAUUUGCAGUAUUUUAUCUUUCUCCUUUCUCCUAAUGCUUCAGCUGAAUCUCAUGUUUCUCUGAUUUUUCUCUGCAGAAGACUCUUACCGAUGGGCCCUUGCAUAUGCCAUUCCCACAGUUUGCACCUCCCACCUCCUCAGUCUUCACCUAGCUAACACCUUUGCAUUCUUCAAGUUUCAGUUUAAAUGCGACUUCUUCCGGAAGGCACUCCCUGUACCCUGUUGACUAGUUUGGCUUUCCUUGCAAUGUACUCCCAGAGCAUCUUGAAUGACUACUGUCAUCACAGUCAUUUAACUUGUAAUUAUAUAUUCAGUUUCUGUUAGCCCUGCAGACCAUCAUCUCUCAGAGGUCAUUGCACAUUAUCCAGCCACAUGGUAAGUGCUCAGUCAAUAUGUGCCAGCUGGAUAGAUGAAACUUUUCAAGAGAGAAGGUAUUGUGUGAUUUGUACCCCUAUGACUUAGCAUAGUAGCUGGCACCUAAUACAUGUUGGUUGAAGUGAGCUCAACAGAGAGGCUGUAGGCCAAGACUUUAGGGGCCCACUAAAGACCUAGAUGCGGGUACUGGGUUUCAUUUUUUCAUUCUGUCAUCCGCUUCACCCUAUUCAGUGAAGCCCAGGUCUGAGGACUGAGGCCAAAUGUGGAAGGGUGGUGGUGUUAUGGGAUAGAUCAUACAUCAGUUGGCCUUUACAAAGGGGGAAAAAGACCCUCAAAUAUUCAGAUUCAUUAAUGAUAUAUUUCUAGAAAAAUAACAAAUAGAUUAUUUUUAUUGCCAUAUAUUUGAAAUGUAAAAACAUAAAAAAUGCAAGAGUUACAGGCAAUUACAGUGGCAACCUUCGCAUUCGGUUUGCAGCCUUAGGCUUCUUAAGAGAUUCCUUAUGAGUUGUGGUAUAGUUUUCAUGUGUGUGUCUCAUUUUUGACCUAGGAGUGAGAAGAAUAUUUUGAGGUGAUGAAAAUAAAUACUCAACUGACUAGUAAGCACAGAAAUGGGUCUCAGGACUACAGAUAUCAGCCCCAACAUCUGAAAUGUAAAUAUCUCCUGAAAUUCCCAUUUAAGAGCAGAUUUCACCUGCAAGUGGACUGUUAUAUCUUCCUGAAAAAUAUAUAUACCCUAGUGAGGGAAUAAACACAUCAUUACACUUUCAUGACAGAUAAGCUUGGCUCUGUUCGGGUGUAAACUCAUUUUUCUUGGGUUGACCUUUAAGUAGUAUUGUGUUAUUGUAUGGGAUUUAAAUCAAUAAUUUUGUCAAAACAAAAUAUACUGCAGGUUUUUUUUUCUUUAUCAUUUAAACAGUUCUGUAAAGUCUCAAGGAGUAAUGGAUUUCAACAUGCUUUUCCCAGGAAGGGAAGAAGGGAGAAGGGGUGGGAUGGGGGGAGGCGAGCAUCAUAUAAAAACUCACUAAGCAGCAAUGAGGCAGAAACCAGGGAUAACUGCAGAUCUGCCGAUCUGAGAGAGUUCCGUUUUCUCUUCCAGGCAGCAGAGAUAGAGGUGCCAGUGUGGGCUGUAAUUAGUGGUGUAAUACCUUUUCUGCAUUCCUGUUGUAAAGCAACAAAGUGUCCCAGGUGUGAGGAGGUUAAAAUGAGAAGUACCCAGUAGUUAUGAAGCAGCAAUAAUGAGUUUCCUUCUACUUACCAUGGAUUUGUGUGAUAUACAGCUUGCAAUUAAGCAUGGCUUGGUGAUUCAGUGAUUAAUGUAUAUACAGGUCCUAAAGGAGGGAAGCCGCCCUCCCGUCACAUCCUUCAUGAUGUUUACAGCUGGGUACCUAUUAACAGGAAGAUGGAAAGGGCCAUUUACAAUUCAGUAACCUUUAUGACAGUGAACUCUUUAAUCAGCAUUUUAUUUCCUUUGUAACACUUUAGUCAUCUACAAAUGUCAGAAUAAAAUAGGGCCAUGAAAUAUUUAGGAUCGGCAUGUGGAAAUUGACUUCCCUUGAUUUAAGCUGCUGUGUCUUUUCAUUUUGUUGUUUUGGGAGCUUUUACUUUUAUUGAAAGACAAUUUAUAACUAAAUGCUCCCAACAGUGACUGGCAUUAGGGUAGGAGGAAUUUCAGAGAGCCAAGUUCUGGUUCUAUAAAAUGUGUUGAUGCUUGCUAUAUUGGGUAAUAAGUUAUUCAAAUAAAAACAUUAGCAAAGGGUUUGCAUUUCAGAGCAGUAUUUAGUAGAGGUACAGCAGACUCUGCAGAGUUUAUGACAAAAUACUCCGACAUAUUUUAGAAAGGUAAUUAACUAUGAAGUACAUCCAUAAUAAUUUAAGUCAGUUAUAGUGUAUACCUGAAAUAUGCAUUAUUGUCUCACAUUAUUUUCUUAGUGGGAUUCUGGGACUUUUUCAAUUCAACAAUAACCACCUUUCAGCUUUCUUGUAUUGUUGCAAAUGUAUAUAAUACGUAUUAGCAGAAUUGUCAUGUUUAUAUUUUUUAAAAGUCCUUUAUGUAGUGAUAUUAUUGUAUUAAAUGAUUGCAUUAUUAUUUUGUACUCAUACCUUUUGUUAAUCCAUUUUAAGCCACUGAACCCAAACAUACCUCAAAUGAUGAGUUUUAAAAGUUAAUCUUGGACAAUGGCAUGCUUUAAGAAUUUGUCAUGGUGCAGGACCAUUCUCCACCUCCCCACUCCUCAAAAAAGAAAGGUUCCUGGUGACUAUUUGUUGGUCUUGAGGUGACCCUCAGUUUAGGGAGCUAUUUCUUUUUCAGGGUUAGUGAUAGAGUCUUGGUCUCGUGUUGGCCAUAUGGGAUCAUCUUUCACACUUUUCUGCGAGGUAUUGGGAAGGUGUUACCUUUUCUUUUCUACUGCGUGGAAACCAGUAGCUGGAGCCAGCCUGGUGCAGUGGAAAGACCAGUAACCCGAGCCAGCUGGGUCCAGGUCUCAGCCCUGCCGUGAAUUGUGUCAUGGGCAAGUUUCUUACCUUUUGCGCUUCUGUUUUCCCAUCUGUAAACUGAACUGGUUUACUGGGUUAGAUUGCCUUUAAGGGAACAGUGAGAGAGGAGAGGGAAAGGGGAAUACACAGAGAAUAAAUUAAGACCUUAAAUUCAAACUGCCACAAGUAGAGGGGUUUCUGUAACUAAACGGUGUGAAUAUGAGUCCUAAAGAGAGUGUCUUUGCCUAGAUGAUGGAAGGCAAACUAUUGGGAGCUGGGAGUGAGGUGGAGAAAGUGUGAUUGGCUUAUGAAUUUGUUGUUGUUAUUGCUAAAGAGUUAAAGUAUCUAUUGAAGCAUUUAGCAUGGAACAAGACACACUGUGUUAUUUUCUCUUUUCCUUGCUUUCAUAAAAGCUCAAGGCCCCCCGGUGUCUUCUGGUAACAAAACCCCAGUCUACAAAGUAUCAGCAAUAGUGUUGAGCUGAGAUGUUUAUCAAGAAAGUUGAGUUAUUAAUUUUGUUUGAGGGUUUCUCCCACUAAAUUCAGGGAAUACGAGGGGAGGGAGACCCGAGGAUGGGAACUGUAACUCUGGGCAGCUGGGUGAAGAAAGGGCUCAGAGCUUAGGGUAAUUACAGGAGAAGCCUUUCUCUAAUUUUAAAAUCUCAUCUCCAGCUGUCCUCAAUCACUCGCUUUUGAAAUGGGUCUUUGGAACAAUAAAUGGGUGGAAGCAGGCAGGACCUUAUAAAGCGGACAGGAGAGGCUCUGAACCCUCAGGCUAGAGAGAGGAGAAACUGGAGUUUUCUCAUUAGAAGUGGGAGAGUUACUUAGAAAUUUUGGGGGAGGGGCCGAAUGAUGGCAGAGUCAAGGCUAGAGCUGUGCAUGAGCGAUGAUGAUGAGUAGGUGGUGAUGUGUGGGAGAACAACUGGAAAAGGAGGAUGGGGCAUGCAGGAGAGCAACGUGUCAAAAUGACUCUUAUUCCAUCCUUUCCCCCAUCUCACAAAGCGUGCCUACAGUGCUGUCUUGAAAGCCAAGAAGCAGUGGGAGCCUGAGAAACCCUGGUGGCUAUAGAUUUUGCUCCCAGUUUUCUAAUUUUUAAUCCAUUUAGCUUCUUUACUUUUGCAUUUUUAAAAAUCAUUUUUUAAAUUACAAAAGCUCUGUGAAACAUAACCACAGAAAGUUUGAGAGAGAAAUGAAAGAAUAACAACAGUAGUCUUUAAUGUUGCUGCAUUAUCACAACUUUUAUUAUUUGUGUCUAUUCUUUUCCUUUUUCUGGAGGCAUAAUGCUGUAUAGGUAAAAUGACAGCCAAGUGUCAAUUUCGUGUCCUUUUUCACCUGACAGGAGAUCAUAUACUUUUUGCCAUGUUGCUUCAUUGUCUUUAUUAUCAUUUUUGAAGACUGCAUACUAUUCUAUCAAACAAGGAUUCCAUUCUUUUUAAAAAUAAUUUUAAACAUAUUUUAAAACCCCACUAGGGACUAUAUAGUUUUCUCCCAUAUUUUUUUUUUUGCCAUUUUAGCAGUAUAAUGUAUGUCUUCAUGUAUUGCAUAUAUGUUUUUCACAUUUUGUAUUAUUUCCUUAGGAAUAUAAUCCCAGGUAUAGAAAUAUUGGGCUGAUGAGACACCAUUGUUUUGCAUUACUUGUAUAGUUCACAAGAUUUUAAAAGUCUUAGAUAAGUUUCUCCCAAGUUUUGGGCUGUGUAGUUACUCCAGGGUCAAAUGAUUUUUGUAAGAAGCUUGUAUUCCUAUAGAGAAUUUUGGACAUUUGAGGCCUUAUGAGGAUCUAAAGUCAUGUGGAUGAUACUAUUCACUUAAAAUUCUGCUUUAGUAGGUAAUAGAAUUCAGGAAAAAGCAGCAAACUGGAUGUGGUGAGCAACGAAUAGAAUGAGGACUGGCAUCUGCUGAGCUUGCAGAGUAUGUUAGGGAUUAUCAAGCAUGCAACCUCAUUUAAAUCGCGACAUAAUCCUAUACGUUAGGAAUUAUUGGUACCAUUUUUUUUUUUUUUUUCCAGAUGAGGAAACUGAAACUCAGUGAGUUUAAGUGACCUACCCGAGGCCAUUCAGCUUUUACGGAGUCAGAAUUUGAACUCAGGUCCACCCUGCCACAUACCCUUUGUCUAAAGACGUGUAGAUAGAUGAAGUGGUGGUGAGGACCUCACUAUACUCUUGGAUAAGCAUUAGAUGGUGGCCAUUUCCCCUUUGUAAUAUUAGAAACUCUUAUUCUGACCCCUGGAACUUAGGCUUUUGUAGUGAUUCCUGUUCCCUUCUGCAAGUCACAAUACAUAGCUUUGCUUUAGUGCCUUGGGGCAUUGGAGACUUGCAGUAGGCUGGCUGAAAGGCAGUAGGCAGGAUGUUCAGGGCAUGUUAGGAUGGUGUGUUUGUGUGUGUAUACCUCUGGAGGAGUUGGCGUCUAGACCCCUGUGGCCGUAUCAGAUUUUACUAUCUCCCUCUGUGUUUUCCAGGAGGCAGUGGAGAAACUAAGAUGUAUCAGAUGGGGAGAAAAGAGAAUGGCCUUACUUUUGGAAAGCCAAUUUGGGAACCACCGUCACUGGAAGGACUGAGCGCAUUCAGGAGCCUGGAGGAACUCAUCUUGGACAACAAUCAGCUGGGGGACGACCUCGUGUUGCCAGGGUUACCCAGACUGCAUACCUUAACCCUCAACAAGAACCGAAUCACUGAUUUGGAGUACCUGCUGGAUCACUUGGCAGAAGUGACACCAGCUCUGGAGUACCUCAGUCUGCUGGGCAACGUGGCCUGUCCCAACGAACUGGUCAGCUUGGAAAAGGAUGAGGAAGACUACAAGAGAUACAGAUGCUUUGUUCUGUACAAGCUGCCCAACUUGAAAUUUCUGGAUGCCCAGAAAGUAACCAGACAAGAACGAGAGGAGGCGUUGGUCAGAGGAGCCUUCAUGAAGGUGGUGAAGCCCAAGGCUUCCAGUGAGGACGUUGCUGGCUCCCCGGAGCUCCACUACACGCCCUUGCCUUCUGCUUCCAGGGAACUCACCAGUCACCAAGGUGUCCUGGGGAAGUGUCGCUACAUUUACUACGGAAAAAACUCGGAGGGCAACAGGUUUAUCCGGGAUGACCAGCUCUGAAAGCAAGUUCUGUAUACCUUCACCCAUUUCAUGAAAAUAAAAUCAAAAGGGAAAUCAAAAAUAAAGACAACGCUAAAGAAAAAACAAUAGCCCACGUCGCCUCUCUUUGGGAAAAGCUAUGACUUCAGCUUUUGGAACCUUCUGCUGACUUUGCCAGGCCUGUCAAGAUGAUCCUUCUGCCUUAGACUGAGUGGUCACAUAGAGAUUGACAUGAUUGCCCUUAAGCAGGUCUCAUCCACCAGGGUGACAGACAGCGGUGGCGAAGCAACGGGGCUGACAGCAUGAGCACCAUGAUAGAUUGCCUGGUCCUGCCACUGCUCACAGGGGAGCAGAGGUCACACCUGGGGCCUCCCUGGGCAUGCUCAGUGGCUGCAGUCAAGUGAGAAAGACUGUCUUCAGCUCACCUAUUGAGCUGAAAUCCCUCUGAUAUCAUCGUGCUGCGGGCUUAUUUUUAGUGAAAAAGUCACAGUUUAGGGGAAGGCCACUCUCCCUCACUUCCUUUAAAUCUUCACCUCCUGUAUUCUGCAUAUACAUAGCUCCCGUCUCUUCCCCUCCACAUUCCUUUAGCAUCAUUUUUAUGACAGGUGAUGCAUUUCAGUUUGCAGUUUUUCAAAGAAGAAGGUAUAACUUCCCAGCCAGGUCAUACAUUUAUGGCUGGCUUCAUGUUGCUACAAUCCCUUUAUUGGAGUAAAUAGCUUUCCCUAAAUCCCUGACUACAAAAGCAUGGGCUUUUAUCUUGUUUCAUUCAACUCUAAAUCCACUUCUUGCCCUGAAUAUGAUGCAGUGUAAGGCAGUAAGACAUCUUUCUCAGCACGAGGGUUUGGUUGCACCAGGGACUCUUAUUCAUUAAUUUAUUUUUAACCGUACACACUUCCAGUGAUGCCUGGGGCCAUACUUGUGCGUGGGGCUGUCUUGCUCCUUUGGGUGCUAUUUAAAGGUAGUGAGGUGAUGAAAGAUAGAGUGAUGGGUCAGGAGGUUAUAAAACAAAAUUAAGACUGUCAAAAACACCCACCAGACCAAAGAGUUUUUAUAGAAGGCACAAACCUUUUGGAUUUCACAUUUGUCACGACUUCUCAGAAAUCAAAUCCAUAGGUUGUGAGACGGUGCUUCCUGUAUGCUUGGCUGUGCCCUAGCACUAAUGUCACAAGGAACGUAAGUGUGAUCAUUGCUAGUUGGGUGACUCUAAGUUUAUCUAACUUGCUGGUGCACCAGUCAGAUCACUCUAGAAGAUAUUCAAAAGGCUGAUUGUUCUUGACACAAUAGUGUUUAUUUUUCUGCUUCUUCUUUUUAGACCAAGUGUUCAUUGUCCUCCCAGUAUUAGGUCAGUUGGAUGACAGCAAAACCUGAAAGAGAAUCCCUCCAAGUUAUAGAUACUGGGGACUAGGAGCUGCUAUUGUAAAACUACAGGGACUCAGAAUCCCUAAGCUGCCCAAGGAGAACCUACUUUCUCAGCUCUAGCCCGUUUACAUAGCCUCUGGCCCACUGAGUCAACACAGGCCUUGAAUGAUAUGUAUUGAGGCUGGCAGGAGUCCCUGUUAGAGAUUACGCAACCCUUGUUAAUCAGUUCUUUAGACAAGUUAACAUAAAAAUCCUCAAAACCAUGAAUAAUUGGAGAAUGUUGAAUGUUUGCCUUUAUCUCUCAAAUCCAUUAGUAACUGGAGUUGAGUACCUUUUCUCUGUUUGAUCUACAAAACAGCACUGGAAAAAUGCUUUACAUUAUCUGCAUUUGGUCCCACCCUGGAUCGUUGUUUAGAAGCAUCAACACAUGCUUUCUCCCUGGCAUAAUAUGGGCAGCCAGAGUUCUGUGCAAGGGCAGCUAGACGAGUCCGGUGUCAUAUCCAAUCUAGCCACACAUAUAUCCUUGUCUUUAUAAAAGGCUUUAACCCUGCCUCAAACAAUAAAAAAGCACUUGUGAACUGA